UAUAAAACAUCAUGCAGAAUGGUGAAAGGCACUUGCACAUUCAAAACAACAUGGGCAAAACGGACGGGCGGGGAUCUGUGCGGAGCUCCAGAGGCGGGGGAGAUUUCUGUGCAGGUGUCCUUGUUUCUUUUUUUUUUUUUUUUCUUUUUUUUUUCUGACACGUCAAAACGAGACAAGACCCGACCGUAAGUAUCCUAAGACCGUUAAGGAGGAAUCAUAGCUGAUCAAAUAAUACAUAUUUGAUCCGUUCUGAAAUCCUAGAAGAGCAGCAAACGGGGAAACGUGCUCGUCUGGAUGAGAGACCCCCGCUGGGUGAAGACAUGCUGCGUUAGCUGAGCCGUGAAAGCCCGCUGCCGUUGACUGGAGCUGAUGCAGAGAUGGAAGCAAAGCGGUGAACAGCGAGCGCAGGGGAGGGGAGCAUCAUCGAGCAAAUUGUCGCGUCACUGAUCAUUUGAAGAUGUGAGCUGUAAGAAGAGGGCCUGGUUCGGUGGGUGAAGCCUUCAGGGAUUAAUCACUGAUCACGAUGAACAGCGAAACAGUGUCGGACAUCUUCUGCUGCUUUUGGAUAAAGCAUCUGGGCAAUUUUCACAUGUUAUGGAUGAUGUGUCAAGUUAGAUGAAGUGCUUCUGAGAACAAUGUGAGAUGCCUGAUCAAUUUUGCACCUGAAAUGCACUAAAGAAGCUUUUGUGUCUCAAUCCCUAAAAGGCAAAAUGGACUGGUUUUCACUCUUGAUUAGAAUGGGACCAACCUGACUUUGUGUUAAGGCUCUGCUGGAUGUCAGACAUUCAAUGUCAGGUUUACAGACACCAAGCAUGGACACAAAUUUUACUGGUGUUUCCCCAGAGCUUGGUUUCACCAGCUCCAGUCAGGAGCCAGUCUGGUCCUAUACAGUUAACAGCGUGGUGAAGAUGGUGCUCAUAUCUCUGAUUGUGUGCUUAUCCUUGUUUGGGAAUGUGGUCGUUCUGCUGGUUUUUCAAAGAAAACCUCAACUCCUUCAUGUUGCUAAUCGAUUUGUCCUCAACCUCCUCUUGGCGGACCUACUCCAGACCGUAUUAGUCAUGCCCUUUGCCAUUGCAGCCACUGUGCCAGCUGUGUGGCCCCUGGAUGCUCGUCUGUGUCAGGCCCUGGUGGUGCUCAUGCACCUUUUUGCAUUUGCUGGAGUCAACACCAUCAUAGUUGUAUCUGUGGAUCGCUAUCUGGCUAUCAUUCACCCCCUUUCUUAUCCUACUCGCAUGACUCCUCACUUAGGCACCAACCUGAUUGUCUGCACCUGGGUUCUGAGUUUCCUGCAGAGCACACCCCCCCUCUACAGCUGGGGGGUUAUUGACUUUGACCGACAUCACAUGGUCUGCACAGUGGUGUGGUCUUCUAGUUUGUCCUACUCUGCUGUGGUGUCCACCUUCUCUUUCUGGCUACCUGUGCUCAUUAUGCUGGGAUGUUACUGGAUGGUAUUCAGAGCAGCUAGAAGGCAGAAUGCUCUUGUGCACCCCAUACAAACUCAGUCCUACUCCCAGCCCUGCCAACAGGACUUCCAAGGACCAAGCAGUCCACAGCAACAGCCCAACCCCCAGCAAAUCAGUCCAACAGAAGGCCCCUACACAGCCAGACGAUACCCUGUUCGAGUCAGACACAGACGUUUCCACUAUCACUGCAAAGCAGCUCGAGUGGUUUUUGUGAUCAUGGCUUCAUAUAUCUUCAGCAUGGGUCCUUACACCAUUCUGAAUACUAUAUCUAUGAGUACCAAAGCAGCCGUGCCUCCAUGGUUAUCCUCCCUUGCACUUGUGCUCUUCUUUUUACAGUGCUGCCUACACCCAUACAUUUAUGGUUACAUGCAUCGUAGUGUGAGAAAAGAAUUCCUGGCUUUGCUCUGCGGCCUGCUCUGCAAGCAGGGUCGCCCCAACCAAAGCUCCGCCAUGGAAAGCUGCUUCACUACGACUGAGAGACGCUCCGGCGCUCACCCGCACCUACCCAGUCUGGCUGCUCGAGUAUUCCCUCUGCAGACUUGGGAAGAAUGCACAACAUCCUCCUCUCCAACUUUUGAGAGGAAGUCGAAGGACAGCCGCAAAGAGACCACCUCUACAAGCCUCAGCUCGGAGAGGGAGCUCCCCCUCCACAGCAAACAAAGCACAUGAGCUGCCUUGAGCAUUUAUCUGAUUGAACAAAUUUGCUCUUACUUGAAGAGCUUGUGCAGGGGUUCAUAAUUAACUGCAGGAUUAUGGAUCAUAAAGCUGCUGGCAUUGGUGGCACUGACUGAUCUGAUCACCAAUAUAGUGAUCCCAUAUAGCCUAUCUUUUGGGGGAAAUUUUCCAGUCAGUGUUGCAUUAUUUCUAUUUAAUAGAGCUGGUUGUGGAAGAAAAAAGAAAAAAAAAAAAAAAACUGUAAAUGAG